GGAAGACUCUGGAAAGGGGCAAAUCAUCCUCGACAACAAUGAUCAUCAAACCUUGGGAGCUUGUCGCACCGACAUGCCACAACAUAUGAGCUUUUUGAUCUUCUGAGUCUGUCUUUCUCUUGCACCACUUGCUGGCGACGGCCACGCACGCACCCACACACGCCCACCAUGCCUCUCCUUCAGCCCUUGACCCGGCCCAAGUCGCCCAACAGCUCUCUGCUCUCCGCCAAGAGCUACGACCCCGACGCCUCCUCGAUCCGCAGUGACCAGGAGAGCGACUCCGAAGAUGACGAGCGCCAGGCCAGAGCCCGCAACAGCCGUGAGUUGCGCGCCCAUGAUCGCAUAGUGCUUCUGGAGGAGGAGGAGAUGGACCAGCUGGUCAUCGAGGCCCGACGGCGCCAGGAACUCCAGCGCGAACGCAGCGGGUCCGGCCAGCGCAGGGGCUCCAACCUGUCCUUGCCCCUACCAAUGCGCCUGUUCUCCAAGACCAGGAGCGAGAAGAGCCGCUCUACCAGCCCCGCCGACAGGGGAGUCAUCGAGGAAGAGUCCUUUGAAGACCUAAGGGGCGAGGCCAGGAGACAAAGACGCGAGAGGAGGAGACAGAAGAAGGAGCGACUGCUGGAGAAAGCACAGGACGGCGAGGACGGCGAGCUCAUGCACGAGAUGGAGGAGGGCCACAUGAAGGAGACCAGCUCGACAGGUAGCAGCGACCGCGAGGACAGCGACGAGCUCGACCGGCGGGGACUGCUUCACCUGGCGGAUGCCAAGUCACAGCGGAAGAGGCACCGUCGCCGGUGGACCGUGGUGUACGCGGUGAUCGCAGUCGCUUUCGCAGUGCUGUCCAUUGUUGCAUGGCGGCUGUCUGUCAGAUCACGACCAGCCGUGAAACAGCAGGCCCUCGUCAGCAACGGCACCGCCCUGUUCGCACCGACCACGAUCAUCAUCAGCUUAGACGGCUUCAGGGCGGAUUUCCUCCAGCGGAACAUCACGCCUAGGCUCAACGCCUUCGUCCAGGAGGGAGUCUCCCCGCUUUACAUGAACCCAUCUUUCCCGAGCGUCACUUUCCCAAACCACUUCACUUUGGCCACCGGGCUCUACCCUGAGGCCCACGGUGUGGUUGGUAACAGUUUUUGGGACCCUGAACUGAAGGAGGAAUUCUUCUACACCAAUACUAAGGUUUCCAUGCAGCCGAAAUGGUGGAACGGCGAGCCCUUCUGGGUCACCGCAGAGAAACAAGGUGUCCGCAGCGCUAUUCACAUGUGGCCGGGCAGCGAGGCUCACCUCGGCGGUGUCGAACCCGCAUUCAUUGACAAGUACAACGGCAAGGAGAAGCUUUCCAACAAGGUCAACAGAAUAUUUGAGUUCCUCGAUCGACCAGGAAUGGAGAAGCCAGACGUGAAUCCUACCGAGAUGCGGCCUCAGCUUAUCGCAGCAUAUGUCCCUGAUGUUGAUGGUGACGGCCACAAAUUCGGUCCCAACAGCACCGAAAUUCGGUCCACCAUUCAGGAGGCGGACAAGAUGAUGGACGGGAUUUUCCUCGGCCUCGAGGCAAGGAAUCUGACCAAUAUUGUCAAUGUCAUUGUCGUGUCCGAUCACGGCAUGGCCACCACGGACGUCUCCCGGAUGAUCCAGAUGGACGACCUCGUGGACCUCAGCCAGGUUGACUAUAUUGAUGGCUGGCCACUUGUUGGCUUACGGCCAAAGAGUUCGGCCGAUGUGGAAGAAAUGUACGACGCACUCGCGGACAAGGCCAAGACCAACCCGAAUUUCGACGUCUACCUACGAGACGUCAACAUGCCGGAACGAUACCAUUUCUCCCAGAACGAUCGCAUUGCGCCGCUUUGGAUCAUUCCCAGAGCCGGAUGGGCCAUUGUGACAAAAGACGAAUUCAAUAUAGAGGAGGCAAAGGCAAAGGACAUCGACUACAGCCCCAAGGGCUUGCAUGGUUACGAUCACGAGCAUCCCCUCAUGCGGGCGAUAUUCAUCGCACGGGGUCCUGCUUUCCCCCAUGCGCCUGGCAGCAAGCUUGAAGCUUUCCAGAAUAUCGAGGUGUACAACAUUCUUUGCGAUUCCCUAGGUCUUGAGCCCGCCCCCAACAACGGUACCCUACGCCUACCCCUGAGACCAAUCGGCGUGCACGAAGAGGUUCCGGCCAUUGAAGUCCCGUCGGACCCGGUGACUAGCUACACCGUGGAGCCGACUACAAGUUCGACACCGCCAGCUUCCUCCGCGUCGCCGUCAAAGGCUCUGGGCGUCGAUCCAGUGGUCACCGGCGAGGCGUCUGCUCCGGUUGGAGUCGACGUCCCGGAGGGAUCUGGCCAUGACGAAGGCCAGGAUGAAAAUGGAUCAAUCGGCGAUUCUGCUAAAAAGUUCUGGGGCUGGGCUACUGAUGAAUUCGGCAAGGCCUGGAAGUGGACGACCGGUAAGGCCGGUGAGGCAUGGGAGAAGAUUACUGGUGCGGAUGGGAGUGAGAAGAGCGAGGGUGCUUGAGACAGUCUUUGUUUACAGUUUUACUUCCUAUUAUGUGCCUUCUUUGCUACUCAUUGGGCGGGUCUGUGUCUUGGUAGGGCUUCACAAUAUGGCCCAGGGCUGGUGCAAGGCGUAUAGGGUUUUAAAGGGGCGGCGUUCCCUUGCAGAUAUCAUGGUGUUCAUAGGUCACUUUGAGCGGCGUUGACUGUGGAUCGGGGUGUUUUUCGAUCAACCCGAAUUGGGUCGAGUUCUUUAGUAUCGAUGGCUUGAGCUCAUGCCGAUAAUCUCUCAACCUCCUCUGCCUAAUCGCGACAGCGACUGCUACUCGUCAUAUGCCUGAGGUGUAUUGUAUAGGGCUGGAGUACUCCCGGGUCCUUGACGAUGAUGGGACGGCAUGCCAUUCUUUA